AUGACCAAGGCAUGCACAGCGUGGUUGCUAGGAAAACUCCAGAACAACAUCGAGCUGGCUCGCAUGAAGAUCAAGCCGCGCAAGUCCAGAAGCAUCUCCAUCAUCAAGGGGAAGUUGUCAGACCACCGCUUCCACAUUGGAGAGGAACCCAUUCCAACGGUCUCUGAGAAGUGCCUUAGCAGCAUUGGGCUUUAUGGAAGAGGGAUGCUAGAACUUCCCAUCUCUAGCCUGGUAGAGGAGUAUAAGCGCACCAAGGUCAGGUUGGAGAUGACCCUGCAGGGUACCUGUGAUGCACUCGUGGCCCAAGCAGCACCCAUCCUGGCCACUGGGAGGAAGUGGACCCCGCCAGCAGUAGUUGAGCAAGCAAAGGCAGCAAUCAGACACAGGGAUAUCAUGGGUCACUGGUCCAAUGAUCCUCCACCACUCUUCAGUGUUGAACCUGGACCUUCAGCCACAAAAGCAAAGUCUUCAGGGUCCAGAAGGCUGUCUCUGAGGAGUGACUGGUCCAAUGAUAAUCCACCACUCUUCAGUGUUGAACCUGGACCUUCAGACACAAAAGAGAAGAAGAGGACUGAUGUGUGUGAGGAGCAGCCAGAAAGAUCCAGAAGCGCCGCUGCACUAAGUGUGGGUCUGCAGCAGCUUCUAGAAGAACAUAAGAAGAGUGUGAGGAGGAGAUGUGAACGUGUGACUGAAGGAAGUGAUGAAGCAGGAGGAGGAAGCCUCCUCAACAGGAUCUACACUGAGCUCCACAUCACAGAGGGACUCAGUGAGGAGCUUCAGAGGGAACCUGAGCUGCAGCAGCUGGAGACAGCUUCCAGGAAGGAGAGCCUCCAUCACACUGCCAUCAGGGUUCAGGACAUCUUCAAAGCCUGGGCCCAGCAGCACACACACAUCCGAGUGGUUGUGACCAGCGGCGUGGCCGGCAGCGGAAAAACCUUCUCGGUGCACAAGUUCAGUCUGGACUGGGCCGAGGGCCUGGAGAACCAGGAUGUGGGGGUGCUGGUGGUGCUCUCCUUCAGGGAGCUGAACCUGCUGGGAGAGCGGCCGUACAGUCUCCUCUCGCUGCUGGCUGUUUUCCAUCCCACGCUCCAGAAGCUGACGGCAGAGGAGCUGGCCGUCUGCAAGCUGCUCUUCAUCUUUGACGGCCUGGAUGAAAGCAGACUUUCUCUGGACUUCAGCGGCGGCCGGCCGCUGCUCGACGUCUCCCAGCAGUCUUCGGUGGGCGAGCUGCUCACUAACCUCAUCCGGGGGGAUCUGCUACCCUCGGCUCGGGUCUGGAUCACUUCCCGACCGGCGGCGAUCCAUCAGAUCCCUCCAACAUGUGUGGACAGACUGACAGAAGUGCGAGGCUUCACUGACGCCCAGAAGGAGGAGUACUUCAGGAGGAGGCUGAGUGAUGAGGAGCUGAGCAGCAGAAUCAUCUCCCACAUCCAGACCUCCAGGAGCCUCCACAUCAUGUGUGGAAUCCCAGUCUUCUGCUGGAUCACUGCUACAGUUCUGGAGCACAUGUUGAGCAGCGAGCAGAGAGGAGAGCUGCCCCAGACCCUGACUGACAUGUACUCCCACUUUGUGCUGGUUCAGACACACAGGAAGAAGCUCAAGUACCAUGAAGGACCUGAGACGGGUCCACAGGAGCUGACGGAGGCUGACAGGGAGCUUCUUCAGAAGCUGGGCAGGAUGGCCUUGGAACAUCUGGACAAAGGAAACAUCCUGUUCUACCAAGAAGACCUGGAGCAGUGUGGUCUGGAUGUGACUGAGGCCUCGCUGUUCUCUGGAGUUUGUUCUCAGAUCUUCAAAAGAGAGUCAGUGAUCUUCCAGAAAGCCGUCUACAGCUUCAUUCAUCUGAGUGUUCAGGAGUUUCUGGCUGCAGUCUUCAUGUUCCACUGUUUCACCAGCAGGAAGACAGAACUGAUUAACUUCUUAGAGCCACAGCUUAUUGAUCUUGGUUAUUAUCAUCCUAAUCAUUGUUUCCCAUCUCUGGAUAUCUUCCUGAUGGCCGUCCUUCAGAAAUCCCUCAGCCAUCAUAACGGCCACCUGGACCUGUUUGUCCGCUUCCUUCAUGGCCUCUCUCUGGAAUCCAACCAGAGACUCUUAGAAGGUCUGCUGGGUCGAACAGAGAUCAGUCCAGAAACCAUCCAGAGAGUCAUCCAGAACCUGAAGGAGAUCAACAGUGAUAGAAUGUCUCCUGACAGAAGCAUCAACAUCUUCCAGUGUCUGAUGGAGAUGAAGGACCUCUCAGUCCAUCAGGACAUCCAAGAGUUCCUGAAGUCAGAGAACAGAUCAGAGAAGGAACUCUCUGAGAUCCACUGCUCAGCUCUGGCCUACAUGCUGCAGAUGUCAGACCAGGUCCUGGAGGAGUUGGACCUGAAGAAGUACAAGACAUCAUGGGAGGGACGACUGAGACUGAUCCCAGCUGUGAAGAACUGCAGGAAGGCUGAUCUUUCUGGCUGUGGACUCUCUGAUCCUCACUGUGAAGUGAUCUCCUCAGCUCUGACCUCUGACCCCUCCCAUCUGAAACAUCUGGACCUGAGUAGGAACAAGCUGAAGGAUUCCUCAGUGAAGAUUGUGUGUUCUGGACUGGAGAGUCCAAACUGUAACCUGGAGACUCUGAGGUUGAGGAGCUGCAGGUUGUCAAAGAUAAGCUGUUCUUCUCUGGCCUCAGCUCUGAAGUCCAACCCCUCCCUCCAGAAACAUCUGGAACAUCUGGACCUGAGUUAUAACCAUCUGCAUGAUUUAGGAGUUUCUCAGCUGUGUGGUUUUCUGCAGAGUCCACUCUGUGGUCUGCAGACUCUGAGGCUGAAAGGCUGCUGGUUGUCAGAGAUCAGCUGUUCUUCUGUGGCCUCAGCUCUGAAGUCCAACCCCUCCCUCCAGAAACAUCUGGAACAUCUGGACCUGAGCAGGAACCCUCUGCAGGAUUCAGGAGUUUCUCAGCUGUGUGGUUUUCUGCAGAGUCCACUCUGUGGUCUGCAGACUCUGAGGUCAGUCGACUGU